AUGUUUCCUUUGUUUAGAGGUUUCUCGAUUGAGAAGGAUUUUCUCGGAGAGAUCAGUUUGAAUCAAACUUUCAUUUCAGUUCCAUUUCUCGAAUUAAUUCUAGGGUUAGUGUGGUUAUUAGUAAGCUCGCAAUGGAUACAAGGUCCCUUAUCGCCGGCGGACAGUUCCAAUGUCCGUGUCCGUAUGGUCCAGUUCGGGAUACUUAGCCCCGAUGAGAUUAGGCAAAUGUCUGUGGUACAAGUUGAGUACAGUGAAACUACAGAGAGGGGCAAGCCUAAGCCAGGUGGCUUGAGUGAUCCGAGACUGGGUACGAUUGACAGGAAGAUGAAAUGUGAGACUUGUAAUGCGAAUAUGGCUGAAUGCCCAGGUCAUUUUGGUCACCUGGAGUUGGCGAAGCCAAUGUUUCAUAUUGGUUUCAUGAAAACUGUAUUGAGCAUCAUGCGAUGCGUAUGUUUCAACUGUUCCAAGAUUUUGGCUGAUUUCAACUGUUCCAAGAUUUUGGCUGAUGAGGAAGAUCACAAGUUUAAGCAAGCUUUGAAAAUAAGGAAUCCCAAAAACAGGCUGAAAAGGAUUCUUGAUGCCUGCAAAAAUAAGACUAAAUGUGAAGGUGGUGAUGAUAUUGAUGUUCAAGGUCAAGAUACUGAAGAGCCAGUGAAAAAGAGUCGAGGUGGAUGUGGUGCUCAGCAGCCAAAAGAUGUGGUUGCUCAGCAAGCAAAAAACUUUCUAUUGAAGAGAGGGUGGGGCACCUGCACAAUUCAUUCAGAGUUUGCCAGCUUGUUGCAGUUUCACGAUGCCACAUAUUUUGACAAUGAAUUGCCCGGACAGGCAAGAUACACAAAAGAUCUGGGAGGACUAUUAAAUUCAAUUUGUAGGUGGCUUAAGGCCAAGGAAAGCCGAAUUAGGGGUAACCUGAUGGGAAACGUUGUAGAUUUUUCUGCCCGUACAGUCAUAACACCAGAUCCCAAUAUCAAUGAUCAACUAGGUGUGCCUUGGAGUAUUGCAUUGAAUCUCACCUACCCAGAAACUGUGACUCCAUAUAACAUUGAAAGGUUGAAGGAGCUUGUUGAGUAUGGGCCGCAUCCUCCACCUGGUAAAACUGGUGCAAAAUAUAUCAUAAGGGAUGAUGGCCAAAGACUUGAUCUUCGUUAUUUGAAGAAAAGCAGUGAUCAUCAUUUGGAGCUUGGUUACAAGGUGGAGGAGAGGCAUUUGAAUGAUGUGACUUUUGUGCUCUUCAAUCGCAAACCCAGUCUCUUAAAAAUGUCAAUUAUGGGACAUUGAAUCAGAUUAUUGCCAUACUCUACUUUCCGUUUAAACUUGUCUGUUACUUCACCAUAUUAUGCUGAUUUUAUUGGUGAUGAAAUGAACAUGCAGUUCCUCAAUCAUUGGCUAAGUAGCAAGGUAUUGGAGCUGAUGAUGGUGCCUAAGUGCAUUGUGUCGCCUCAAUCAAACGGCCGAGUGAUGGGAUUGUUCAGGAUCACUUUUAGAUGCCGGAAGAUCACUAAGGGGGACCACUUUCAUAGAGAAGAUGUCUAUAAUAUACUGAUGUGUGGGGAGGAUUUUGAUGGAGUUCCUGCUCCUGCAAUCCUGAAGCCACGACCUUUUGGACAGGAAAACAAGUUUUUUAAUCUUACUUCAUUCCAAAGGCAGAUAAAUCUUAAUUAAACUGCUGCAUGGCACAACGAUACAGGAUUAGAAAAGGUAUCAUUACUCCAGGAGAAUACUCUAGUUUCGAAUAGAAAAAAGGAGAGCUACUAUCUGGCAAAAACUCUUUGCAAGAAAAUUGGGACUCUUACUGGAAGUCUUAUUCAUGUCAUUUGGGAAGAGGUUGUCCAGAUGCAGCUCGCAAAUUUUUUGCGGGCCUAACUUCAAUGGCUUGUGAACUAUUGGCUUUUGCAAAAAUGGUUUUACCAAUUGGCAUUGGAAGAUACAAAUUGCUUGAUGCAGCUACGAUGGAGAAAAUCCAAUGAAACUAUUUUCAAAAAGCAAAAAAAAUGAUGUGAAGGAAACUUAUUUAGGAAGGCUUCAAACAAGGAAACUAAACCUGAACCUGGACGGACUAUGAUGGAAUCAUUUGAAAACCAAGUGAAUCAGACUUUGAAUACAGCUCGUGAUUGAUGCUGGAAGCAGUGCCAAAAGAGUUUGUCUGAGAGUACAACCUCAAGGCCAUGGGUUACUGCAGGAUCUAAAGGAGUUUCAUUAAUAUAUCUCAGAUGGACCUGCUUGUGUGGCGGGCAGCAAAAAUUGUUUAAGGGUAAGGCUUAUACCGUUUAUGGUUUUAUAGAUCGGACGUUGCCUCACUUUACAAGGAUGGACUAUGGGCCGGAAAGUCGUGGGUUUGUGGAGAAUUCAUAUUUGCGUGGGUUACCCCCCAGGAGCUUCUUUUUUCCCCAUGCUAUGGGUGGUAGGGAAGGUCUUAUCGAUACUGUCAGUAGAUUGCUGAGGGAUGGGUAUAUUCAGGGCCGGCUGUGUUUGAAGCCAUGGAGGAUAUUAUGGUUAAUUGAUGGCACUGUUAGGAAUUCACUGGGAGAUUUAUUCCAGUUUCUCUAUGGGGAAGAUGGUAUGGAUGCUGUCUGGAUUUAGAAAUCUCAGAACUGAUUCAUUAAAAAAAUGAAGAAAUCAGAAUUUGACAGGGUCUUCAGAUUGAACUCGAUGAUGAAAAUUUGGGAACGCCUUCUACAUGAUUGCCGGGAUUCACAUUGGAGGAUUUUGAAAAAUAUCCGAGAAUUGCGCGAUGUAUUUGAUUGCUGAAUUUCAAAAACUUGAAACGGAUAAUGCCAACUCAGAAAGAGAUUGCAACUACAGGUAGAUAAUUCUUGGCCAUUGCCUGUUAACCUCCAUAGGCUUAUUUGGAAUGCACAGAAGACUUUCAAGGUUGAUACGAGAAGGCCCUCAGACAUUCAUCCAAUGGAAGCUGUAAAGCUGGUUGUAAGUACGGAGAGAUUAAAAGUUGUUCCUGGGGGAUUGAUCACUGAGUAGCGAAGCCCAAAAGAAUGCACUCUUUUCUUUGGAUUAUGUUGCUUCGUAGCACUCAUUGCCAAUAAAGGGUUGUUGGAGGAAUACAGGCUACUCGAGAAGCCCAUUUGAUGGUUAUUGUAGAUAGAAUCCCGGUUCUUGCAGUCAUUUGGUCUAGCGCCUGGGGAAAUGAGUUGUGUUGCUGCACAGUCCAUUGGAGAGCCUUGCCACAAAAUGACUCUCAAUACUUUCCACUAUGCUGGUGUUAGUGCAAAGAAUUGUCUCUUGGUGUUUCCCAGGCUAAGGGAAAUUAUUAAUGUUGCUAAAAAGAUCAAAACACCUUCUCUUUCUGUACUGACACCAGAAUGUAAUGCACAAAGGAGACGGCUAAGACUGUUUCCAAUUGUGCUCUGGAAUUACACUUACUCUCAGGAGUGUUAUCAGCUACCAGAAGUAUGGUAUACGUCAAGUCCUAUGAGUACCAUAAUUGAAGAGGAUGCUGAAUUUGUGAAUCAUUUAUGAAAUGCCGACAAUGAAGAGUUGCACCGGAAAAAAUUCUCUCCUUGGUUGCUACGUAUAGAGUUGAACCGUGAAAUGAUGAUUGAUUAGAAGCUUAACAUGGCUGACAUUGCUGAGAAAAUCAAUCUUGAAUUGGAUGAUGAUUUGACAUGUAUAUUUAAUGAUGACCAAUGCAAAAAACUGAUCCUCCGGAUACGUAUCAUGAAUGAUUGAGGCUCCGAAGGGCGAUUGAAUGAUGAGUCUGACUGAGGUUGUAUGUUUUCCUGGAAAAAGAUUGAGAGUAACAUGCUGACAGAAAUGCUCUCCGUGGUAUUCCCAGAUAUAAAAACAGCGUCUUUAUUAAACAUUAGGUAAACGAUUAGCAAAUUUGGGAAUGAUGGAUUUAAGACAGUAGAGGAAUGGAUGCUUGAUACAGAGGUGGUCAAUCUCCUGGCUGUUAUGUGUAAUGAAAAUGUUGAUGCAAGGAGGACACAAGCAAUCACUUGAUUGAAGUUAUUGAAGUUCUUUGGUACUUGAGGCUGUUCGACGCUCCUUCUAGAUGAGUUGAGGUCGCUUUAUAUCUUUCGAUGGAUCUCUAUGUUGAAUUACCACAUCUGGCAUACUGAUGUGAUAACCAUGGGACAUUAUCGUGGCCAUUUGAUGGCCAUCACCCGCCAUGGUAUCAAUCGGAAUGACACCGGGCCAUUGAUGAGGUGCUCGUUUGAAGAGACUGUGGACAUUCUUCUGAUGGCUGCUGUGUAUGCUGAAUCAGAUUACUUGAGGGUCACUGGAAAAAUAAUGCUCGGUCAGCACCCAAUUGGAACAGGAAGCUUUCCUUAUAUCUCAAUGAUGAACAUGUUGAAGAAUGCUAUAGAACUUCAGCUUCCUGUUAUAUGGAUGGCCUGGGCUUUUGGCAUGACUCCAGCUCGUUCUCCAGUAUCAGGAACUCCUUACCAUGAGGGGAAAUUGAUGUCUCUGAGUUACUUGCUGAGCCCAAAUCUCGCCUCUCAGCCCCAUUAACUGAUGCUCAGUUUUUCUUCACCAGCUCAGUUCUCACCAUAUGUUGGUGGAAUCGCUUUCUCUCCUGCGUCAUCUCCUGGCUACAGCCCAUCAUCUCCGGGCUACAGUCCAUCUUCCCCUGGAUAUAGUCCUACAUCUCCUGGAUACAGUCCUACCUCACCUGGUUACAGCCCUACCUCUCCUGGAUAUAGCCCAACUUCACCGACCUACAGCCCCAGUUCUCCUGGCUAUAGUCCAACCAGUCCUGCCUAUUCUCCUACAAGUCCAUCAUAUUCCCCAACUUCCCCAAGUUAUAGCCCCACAUCUCCCAGCUACAGCCCCACAUCUCCCAGUUACAGUCCCACAUCUCCCAGUUACAGUCCUACAUCUCCAAGCUACAGCCCUACUUCUCCAGUUUAUAGUCCUACCUCACCAGCAUAUAGUCCCUCUUCUCCUGCAUACAGUCCCACCUCACCGUCAUACAGCCUGACUUCUCCUUCCUAUAGCCGCACAUCACCUUCUUAUAGUCCGACUUCUCCAUCUUAUAGUCCUACAUCUCCAUCAUAUAGCCCAACUUCACCUGCAUAUAGCCCCACAUCCCCUGGGUACAGCCCCACCUCUCCGAGCUAUAGCCCUACUUCACCAAGCUAUAAUCCUCAGUCAGCUAAAUACAGUCUUUCAAUGGCAUACUCACCAAGCAGUCCUAGAUUAUCACCAUCCAGUCCUUACAGUCCUACAUCUCCAAAUUAUAGCCCGACAUCACCAUCGUAUUCCCCAACCUCCCCAUCAUAUUCCCCUUCAAGUCCAACAUAUAGUCCUAGCAGCCCAUAUAAUUCUGGAGCACCAGAUUAUAGCCCAAGUUCUCCACAAUAUAGUCCUAGUGCUGGGUACUCGCCAAGUGCACCUGGGUACUCACCAUCAUCAACCAGCCAAUACACUCCUCAAACGAGUACUGAGGAUGACAGGAAUAACAAAGGGGACAGGAAUGCAAGGGAUAACGAUGACAGGAGCAGUCGAUGAGGCAAAAUUGAUCACAUGAAAAGCUUGUUAGGAAGAAAAGGUCAAGUUGUUCUUUUGUACUUCUAUUGUGUUCAUGAUCUUUGGAUAAAAAUUGUUGUAUGUUGACAAAACUUCUUGUAAGACCUAUCUUUGUAGGGAGGUAUAGCGUAGUUACAACUGGCUUUUUUUUUUUUUUUUUUUUUUUUUUUUUUU